AUGGUGUGGCGCCUGCGCAAUCAGUUAGAAAAGGACAGCCUGCUGGAGGAGCUGACAGCUCUCGUGCCGAAGGCGGACCUGGAGGCGAUGUACGAGGCGGCGGUCUCGGAGCCUUACAGCUUCCUCUACAUUUACCUGCUAAACUCGCCGGACGAGAUGUUCCACGUUCGCUUUGAGAAGCGGUUCCUGAUAGGCGCGCCCAGUGUAGCAAACGAUGGGAGCCGUGCUGGGGACGGUCUUCAGCAAGCUCCUGGGGAGCAGCACCUUGUGUCAGAGCAAGUGUCGGAACAUCAGCUGUUGCAGCUCCGACGGUUCUUUGGUAAGAAGAAAAAGAUCAUGACCUCCAUCUGGGUCGACUCAAGAAAGCGCGUGGCCGGCACCGACUCCGACUUCGAGUUUGACGUUGGGGAAACGGUGCACCUGCAGGGCUCCGCCCGGCUGGGAGUCUUCAAGAUCAGGGCAGCGGACACUUUCCUCAGCACCGACCGCGGCACCUACCUCAACUGGCCGGACACCGCCCUGGGCACUCUGAACUGGGCCCAGCUGCCCACGGGGGCGUACACCGGAGUGCGCCUGGCCGCCUGGCUCAGCAGCAACUUCGCCGCCGCCACCUAUGUGGAGUUGCGCAACGAGCUGGAGGUGGCCCACGACGGCAACCGACUCAUCCUGAACGAUCAGGAGCUGCGCUCGCAGUUUCCGGGCAGCGGUUCUUACCUGCAAGGCGUGUUCACCUUCGUGCAGAUGCAGCCUUACUCGGAGGUCUACCUUCGUUGCAGCAGCCUGUCCAACGCCGCAGACACCGUGGGCCCGCUGGGGCACGACAUCAUCGCCAAGAUUGUGUGCAAGCAGGGCGUGGGCCACAUCAUGGAAACGGACACCCACGAGAACCACAUGGUCAACAUCCGGGGCCCGAUCACGCUUCGAUACCUCCGCUUCAGGCUCACGGACUACGAGGGCAAC